AUGUCAAACACAAAAUCCAAAUUCUCAACCGCCUUCACAAAAAACGGGACCAUCACCCAGUUCACUGAGAAAAUCCCACUUGUGGGCCACCUCACAGCCACAGUACAAGCUUUAUCUGGCAAUCCCUCACAAGCCAAACGAGCCUUAGCGACUAGCACCAAUGGACUUGUGGUCGCGGCUGGCGCCGUUGGGGGAUACAUAUUAGCUGGACCUCCCGGUUCCAUGGUCGGUGGCGCGCUCGGUUCAGCGGUUGGAAUUGGAGUUGAAUAUGGGAUUGCGCAGACGAUUAAGGAUAUGGAUAUCCGCGAGAUGGUGGGCGAUGUGAGCUUGGGGAGGUUUGCGAGAAGUAUGGCUUUUGAUGGGUUCUUGAGUGGGCUUACGAGUUGA